AUGCCGUCCUCGCUAUCAGAAUAUCUGGCGAAAAACUAUUUAACAGCUGACCCGGGCACGGAACGGCCGAAGAAGAAGCGCAAGAAGACCAAACACGCCGACACGGCCGGGGACGGCCUCAUCAUCGCCGACGACGACCCGCCGGACCUCCGUACUGCAGGCACUGGUGUCGCAGGGGACGAUGAAGAUAGCCCCUUUGUGGUGAAUGCGCGGAGUGCCGAGUUUCGACGUGCGAAGAAAUCCGGGUGGAAGGUUGUGGGCACCGGGGCGGCGACGGGUACAGACGAGCAAGAAGCUGCGGAUGCGAUUCUGGCCUCGGCGGCGGCAGAACGGGCAGCACAACGACGAGAAAAUGGUGACGAAGAUGAGGAGGAUGACAAUGCGUUAGGGCUGGACGAAUAUGCAGACGAGAAAGGGCCCCGGAUGGAGUCUGGGGCCAAGGCGGGUCUACAGACGGCGGCACAGACUGCAGCCAUGGUCGCGGCGCAGGAAAGGCGAAAAAAGGCCGAAUCCGCGAAAUACAAGGAUGCGGAGGCCGAAGGAGCCGCGCAGGAGACGAUCUACCGUGACGCCUCGGGCCGGAUCAUCAACGUGCAGAUGAAGCGAGCGGAGGCGCGCCGGGCAGAGCAGGAGAAGAAGGAGAAGGAGGAACGUGCGCGCGAGGCACUCAUGGGCGACGUGCAGCUGCAGCAGCGUGAGGCGCGGCGAGCAGAAAUUCGCGAGGCGCGCGCGAUGCCCCUAGCUCGAACGGUGGAGGACGAGACCCUAAACGAGGAGCUCAAGGCGCAACAGCGAUGGAACGACCCCGCGGCGCAGUUUCUGACAAAGUCCACGGCUCCCACUGUGAGCACGACGGGGCGGCCACUGUACAAGGGUGCCUUCCAGCCGAACCGGUACGGGAUCCGACCGGGUCAUCGCUGGGACGGGGUGGACCGCAGCACAGGCUUCGAGAAGGAAUGGUUUGCAGCGCGGAACAAGAGGGCGAGAUUUGAAGCCUUGGACUAUCAAUGGCAGAUGGAUGAAUAA